AUGUCAGAAAAUAAGAGUUUAGAGCAAUUCAUAAAACCUUGGUCACUGCCACCAAAGAAGAAUUUCGCCUUUAAAAAUGCCAACUUAGUCGACGUCGCAGAAAAAAAAAUCAUCGAAAAUACAAGCAUUUAUGUAAGCAAUGGAAUUAUUCGUCAAGUCAAUUCCCUUAAAGCUUUAGAUUCAGAUCCAGUAUUAGAAGGGUAUGAAGUCGUAGACCUUGAGGGAAAAUUCGUUUGUCCUGGAUUAAUUGAUGCUCACAUCCACAUUGUUGCUGUUCCCGGAGAAGCCAGCUUAAAAUCUGGAUUGAAUGUUCCGUUUCCUCAUGCUGUUUUGCGUUAUCACAAACUUUGUAACCAAAUCCUAGAAAGAGGCUUCACUACUGUCAGGGACUGCGGUGGAGUUGCGGCGUUUGUUCGCAAUGCUAUAGAGGACGAUAUUAUUUAUGGGCCUCGGCUAUUUUUCGCAGGCAAUGCUCUUUCGCAAACUGGUGGUCACGGUGAUUUGCGUGAUCCGGCGUCUAAAGGGCAGCAUGUACAGGAGGAUGCAUGCGGAUGUCAAAACAAUGCUCUUGCAAGAAUAUGCGAUGGUGCAGACGAAUGUUUAAGGGCGGCACGAGAUGAACUAAGAAAAGGUGCUGAUUUCAUAAAAAUCAUGGCUGGAGGUGGAGUUAUUUCUCCAACGGACAAAUUGUCUUCCCUUCAGUUUAGCCCACAAGAGGUCCGGGCAGCUGUGCUUGCUGCAAGCAAUAAUGGCACUUAUGUUACUGCACAUGCAUAUACACCUCAAGCUGUACGUCAAUGUAUAGAAAAUGGCGUACGGGGAAUCGAACAUGGUAACUUGAUUGAUGAAUCAACAGCAAAAUACAUGGCUAGUUGCGAUACCUAUCUCACACCUACUCUCGUCACCUACAAAGCAAUGGCAAGUGAUCGAUUUUCUAAUUUUCUUCCCGAGGACGCAAGGAAAAAAAAUGAAAAAAUAUUAGCCGCUGGAUUGAAGUCUCUGGAAAUUGCUAAGAAUGCUGGCGUUAACAUCUGUUAUGGAUCGGAUUUACUUGGACCUCUUUUUGCUGUACAGACUGAGGAGUUUGUUUUACGUUCGUCUGUAUGUACACCUGGGGAAAUUCUACAACAAGCUACAAUAAACCCAGCUAAACUUUUUGGUAUGGAAAAUAAGCUUGGGCAAAUUAAGCCGGAUUUUUACGCAGAUCUUUUAAUUUUAAAUGAUAAUCCUUUAGAGGAUAUUUCUGUAUUAGACAGUCCUUAUCGUCAUCUACUGGCUGUCAUGAAGGGAGGUAGAAUAUACAAGAGUAGGUGGACAAAGUUGCAAGACGAUAUAACAAUCAAUGAUACUAUUAUCUAA